AACUUGACGUAUUGACACUGGUCCGGGUCCGGUCCCAUCAAACUUCAUCGAAGAGCUCUUACGCCACGGAUUUUCAACGAUGGAACGGAAAGUUGCACGGGAAUUUAGGCAUAAGGUGGAGCUGCUGAUCGAAAAUGAAGCAGAGAAGGAUUACCUGUACGACGUCCUCCGCAUGUACCACCAGUCAAUGGAUUUGCCAGUGCUGGUGGGGGACCUGAAGUUGGUAAUAAAUGAGCCGAAGCGCUUGCCCCUGUUUGAAGCCGUCCGACCUCUCAUACCACUCAAACACCAGGUGCAGUACGACCUGCUCACCCCUAAGAGGUCCCGGAAACUCAAAGAGGUCCGUUUGGAUCGGACACAUCGCGAUGGAUUGGGCCUGAGUGUUCGAGGAGGGCUGGAGUUUGGCUGUGGUCUCUACAUAUCACAGAUUGUUAAGGAUGGUCAGGCUGGGAAUGUUGGCCUCCAGGUCGGUGAUGAGAUUGUGCGCAUCAACGGAUACUCCAUCUCGUCUUGUAUCCAUGAGGAGGUCAUCAGUCUCAUCAAGACGAAGAACAACGUGUCACUCAAAGUCAGGCAUGUGGGCAUGAUCCCAGCAAAAAGUUCAUCCGAUGAACCCCUGAAGUGGCAGUUUGUGGACCAGUUUGUGUCAGAGUCAGGGGAGAAAAGAGGCAGUGUUGCAGGCUUGGUAUCCAUCAGUGGGAAAGAGAUAAAGGAGAAGAAAGUUUUCCUCAGUCUUGUGGGUAAUAAGGGUAUGGGCAUCAGCAUCUCCAGUGGUCCCACCCAGAAACCUGGUAUCUACAUCAGUAAUGUCAAGCCAGGCUCCCUCUCUGCAGAAGUUGGGCUUGAGGUUGGAGACCAGAUUGUGGAGGUGAACGGGGUGGAUUUCACCAAUGUGGACCACAAAGAGGCUGUGAGAGUCCUGAAGAACAGGAGUCUAACUAUUACUGUUCUGACUGGAGCUGGCAGUGAGCUUUUUAUGACAGAUGGGGAGCGUCUGACACUCGAGAGCCAGAGGGAGCUGGAGAGGCAGGAGCUGAUGCACCAGAAGAAGGUGGCACUGGAGACCAACAAAAUCAUUAAAGAGCAGCAGGAGAAGGAGAGGCAGAGGAAGAUGGAGAUCUCUCAGAAAACUACAGAGGAAGAGGAGCGCUAUAGGAGGGAGAUGGAGAAGAUUGAGGAUGUGGAACGGAAGCAGAACAGAGAGUGGGAGGAGGACUGGGGAACCAAAGACAGGCGCAAGAGCCCUAGGAGCCCAUCACCUGCGCCACCUGAGAUCAAAACACCCCCAUCUCCAAAGGCCAAGAGUUCUCUUGAUGCAACCAGCUCUUACACAGUGGAAGAUGAGGAGGAAGAGGAGGACAGAGAAGGAUUUCAGAAAUAUGAGGACGAUUUUGACCCCUACUCAAUGUUCUCCCCGGACCAGAUAGCUGGGCGAGAUGUUAGGCUGCUGAGAAUCAAAAAGGCUGGACAGCUUGAUCUUGCUCUGGAGGGGGGAGCAGAAUCUCCCUUGGGGAAGUUGGUUAUAUCUUCUGUAUAUGAAGGUGGUGCUGCAGAUAAGCAUGGUGGCAUUGUACCAGGGGAUGAACUUAUGGCUGUGAAUGGGAAGAUCCUGAUCGAUGCCACUUUGACUGAAGGGCAAAACUCUCUGGCUCGAGCCUGGAAUAGUGGAGGGGACUGGAUUGAUGUUGUGAUUGCUGUUUCCCCUCCAAAAGAGUACGAAGACCAAGUGACAUUCUUCUAGUCUCAUCAACAGCCUGCCAAGAAACCCAGACUAAGAGGAAGCUUUUCAUUGCUGAUGAUUCCUUCAGGAUUCACUCUUCUUAAUGACAAUUAACUAAUUAUCUGUCUUACAUUUACAAUGACCUGUAAACAAACCAGCUUAAAAUAGUCUAUUUGUACAUAGCGCUACAGGGGGCCUUUUGAUAACUAGCCCAGUCAAUGAGCAUUCCCACUGUCUACUUUUAUGAAAGGAUGCUUCUGUCAACGUCAGUCCCCAGUAAUUGUUUUCACUGCCGUCAGGCCUGACCUCAUUGACCUCAUUUCGUUACGCAUAGACAGAAAUGUCUCAUCUGUCUUUAUAACAAUAAACAUCUGUCUUUAUAACAGUAAAGGGGAGAGUUAAAAUAGGCAAACUAAUCAAUAAUACCUCUCUAAUUUCCAAGCCCAAUAAAGGACUGCUCCUGUUAA